AUGGAGUCCAAGGCAGUGUACAAAACUUCAGUUGUUAUGGUGGGCAUAUUGACCAUGCUGGCUUCCUUGUCUGGAGUAGUGUUGUCUGUGCUGAUGGUUGUGAAGGGACUGACCCCUUUGCAAGAAUUUGGCAAACUUUGCAACGAAACAACAGUGUUGCAAACCAUCCGAGCUGAAAAUGCAGAAUUCCAAAAAUCCUCCCAGAACAUCUUCGUGGGCAUCCUGGGCUUCUUCCUGGUGGCCCUCGGGGUUCCCAAUGCUAUGCACGCCGUCUACAGCCUCGAGCUCAUCUUCGGCGCCUGGAAG